AAACCCUUUUACAUAUUUCUCAUCCCAUUCAAUUCACAUAUCAUUCUAUUUUUUUAUUUCGAUUGAAGUUCUUGAUGUAUUAUUUUCAUUAUGUUUUCAGAAUUAGUUAUGGAAACAGAAAUGGAAGUUGCAAUAAAAAGGAACUCCUGAAAAUGCCCUCAGUUAUGCUAUUUACAAUUUUGGAUCUGCUUUCCUCAUAUUUGUUUUCAUGCUGCUAUUUGUAGUUUAAUAGGUGGCGGUAUAAAUCUGGGUUGUGAACAUUGAUUACCAUUUAAAAAAUGGUAAUAAUGAUCACUCCAUGUAAAUAAACUGUGACUGAUUGGCUCAUUUAAUUUGUGUGGGUUGUCUAAUUAAGAUUGUUUGUUUGAUUCAUUUCAUGAAUUUCCAUUUACUAUCAGCUAUCUUUGUAAGAAUGCGACUACGAGAUGGGGUUUCUGUUCUUUUUCAAAGAAAAACUUAGCAUGGGAUACUGAUUUAAGUAAACUACAUGAUUGAAAUAACGAAAUAUGCUACUAAGAUGUUAGAGACAGCUCCAAAGUAGCUUACAUGAACAAGAAGACUAUGCAUAAAGUCAUUAAUGUAAAUUGGAACCAUAAAAAUUGAUACUAGGAUCAUUUAAUCAUAUCUGUUGCGUUGGGUAAUUCAUUAUUCUAACCAGAAUCAAUAAUACCACCAAGCUGGUGGUUGAAUCUAUUUGUUAUUUAGUGGUUGCAUAUGUAUUACACUUGGGAUACUAAUCCUGCAUCACUUAGAAUCUGUGGUUUUGAUUGCUUAUACAUGUUACCUUGCUUUUAAAGACCAAUGGGUUCUAUAUCAACAAGAUUCUUGGUUUUGUCUGAGAUUAAGUUAGCUCUGUACAGUUUGGUUUCUGCUUAACUUGUCUUUGUAUCUGAAUAAUCUGCUCUAUAAUGGAUUAUGGACUUACAUUGAACCAAUACAAUGAUUUUGUGUACUGCGGUUCUGAUUUUUUUAUAUCAUUAAUACUUUUUUCUAUUGGUGCGAGAUUCCCUAACCUUGUUGUAGCUGCUCUUACAGUGCUUGGUUCCAGCAGGUUCCCGAGUUCCCGACUAACAAAAUUUAAAAGCCACACAAGCUAAAUGAAGGCCAAAAAAGAGGAAGAGUUGCUAGAAUGCCCAAUUUGCUGGGAAUCAUUUAACCUUGUGGAGAACACACCCUACAUUCUAUGGCGCGGACACACAUUGUGCAAAACUUGCAUCUUGUCCCUACAGUGGGCGGCUGUCAGAUUCCCGUCCUUCCCGAUUCAACUUCCACUCUUUGUAUCAUGUCCAUGGUGCCAACUACUUUCCUUCAGAGUUAUUUGGAAAAGUAAUAAUGUAAAACAAAAGGAUACACUAAAAAUGGUAAGCUUCGAUUUCCUAGGAAGAAUUUCUUUCUACUCUGGUUGGUGGAAAGUGCAAAUGGCAAUCAGAUUAGAUUUUGCCCGUCUUCGUGCACUGAUGAGAAAGCUUCUCAGUCAUCAUCAAGUAGCACAUCAGUUCGUCAAAGUGGAUCUUACCCUUCAUCAAUCGAAAGCCUACACGAACCUCCUAGUUCCUCCCGAACAAGAGAAGGGUCAAGUAGUUUUAUACGCAGCUGGCGAGUUUGUACGUCAUUGCGUAAGUCAGUGGCUUUGUUGCUGCACAUCACAGCCAAGUUCCCUGUGGUAGCAAUAUUCAUGCUAAUUGUUUUAUAUAUAAUACCUGCAAGUGCUGCUAUAUUGGUUGGUUGGUUACUAAUUACCUUUUUGUUUGCAUUGCCGUCAUUCUUGGUACUGUAUUUCUCAUACCCAAUUCUAAACUGGUUAGUUAGGGAGAUUAUUGCUUGAUGACAUUUGUUUGUCAAUAAAUCUCACUUAGCUCUAUGGGAGAUUAUCUUGUGCAAAAUGUACGAAUUAUAGUGUGUUCUUUUUGUAACUUUAUUGUGCAUUCAUCACUAAUGGAAAUGGAACCGGUUAUUGUCGAGUUGCCCCCUA